UUAUCUCUGUUUCUUUCUGUUUUUCUAUGUGUCUACAUCUCUCUACGUUGCAUACGCCACCUUGGGCCAGAGAGUUACGGAAAAACAAUGGGAAAAGAUCUCCUCGUGAGCAGAGAAAAUGCUAGAAGCCUUGGUUUCUCCUUCUCUCCAUCAUCUUUUCUCCUUCAUCAUCUCUCUACGUAGGUGUGACCACCGUGCUGACCAUGACCACUCUUAGCAUCAGUGCCCGUAACUCUUUGCCCAAGGUGGCGUAUGCCACAGCCAUGGACUGGUUCAUAGCAGUCUGUUAUGCCUUCGUCUUCUCUGCUCUCAUUGAGUUCGCUACCGUCAACUACUUCACCAAGAGGAGCUGGGCCUGGGAUGGGAAGAAAGCCAUGGAGGAUACGCGCAAGAAAAACCCCAUGGCUCUGUCCAAGAAGCCUAACAACACCUGUUCAGCUGGGGUCAACUACACUCCCAACCUGACUAAGGACAACGCCAUCUCCACCAUCUCCAACAGCGCAGGCGUCCAGCUGAAACUGGCCGAGGCCAAGUCUCCCGACCCCAAAAAGACUUACAACAGCGUCAGCAAGAUCGACAAGAUGUCCCGGAUACUGUUUCCUGUUCUGUUUGGGACAUUCAACCUGGUCUACUGGGCUACAUACCUCAACAGGGAGCCAGUGAUCACAGGAGCUGUGAACCCCUAUACAUAGAAGGAGAAGGCCAGGAAUGUGGUCUAAAAGGGUGCCCUGUCCCCUGUGUAACGCACUACUUUUGAUCAGGGCACAUAGGGUUAGGGUUACGGUUAGGUCUCUGGUCAAAAGUAGUGCAUAAUAUUAUAUAUAGGGAAUAGGGUGCCAUUUGGGACGUAGGGGCACCUGUCUCACCUCACUCUCCCCACUACACCACACCACUACAGACAUACUGUUAGAUACACUGGAUCUACCACCCCACCCCACUACACCACUACAGACAUACUGUUAGAUACACUGGAUCUACCACCCCACCCCACUACACCACUACAGACAUACUGUUAGAUACACUGGAUCUACCACCCCACCCCACCCCACUACACCACUACAGACAUACUGUUAGAUCCACUGGAUCUACCACCCCACC